AUGACACAACAGCAUCAACUCCCACCACUUCCCCAUGAUGCCACAAGUGGUACAAGCUCUUCUUUUAAUACCACCACCAACACCUCUGAAGAUGGAACAUCUCAGUUCCUCUCUCAUUCCAUGAUGAUUUUGGAACAGAACAACCUUCUCCUUCAUUUGUCUGGUACAAAAGAAGAAGAAGAAGAUACAGGACUACUCUCUCGACUCACCACUUCCUCCACCAACAACGACAAGACCACCAACCUUGCUUUAUCUAGGAGGGAGGAAUUUGAGAAAAGCAGUACAGUUGUCCAACUCUCUCAUCCUCAACAGGAAAAUGAUCAUCUUGAUGAUGCAGUGAUUAGUACCAUCGCACCCAUUCCUUCCAACAUUGUGACCACUCUUUCCAGUACUUGUCCUUUAUCCUCCUCUGCAUGUUUGGUCCUUACGAAUGCCUUAAAUCAUCAAGUAGACCUCAACGAUCAUGUUGUUGAUGACGAUUGGUCCAUCUCUUUGGAUAUGAGUCGAGUCCAUUCAUCCAUCUCUCGUUUACCUUAUCAUCAGCAAAGAGCUCAACAACUUGCGCAUCUCCAGGAUCAAGUGAACAUUCUGAAUUCACCAACUAAAAGCAAUAACAAUUCAAAGAUGAAGCAACCAUCUACCUCCAGUCCCAAAGAUAACAAGAUCAUUAAUAAUGAAAGUAAAUUCUCCAUCAAGAGCCCAAUGGAUUCCUUCAGAAACUUCCUUUCUUCUCCUUUCUCCCUUUCGCCAAAAAGUGUUUCGAGAAAGAGUGAAUAUUUACUCGAUGAAGAAAUAUACAUGGAACAAUUUCUGAAUUGGAAAGCUGAACAACAUGAUGGUGUUAUUGUUUCAUGGAGAGAUGUCGUUUAUAAAGUACAAAGAGAAAAGAGUUGGUUGAAUGAAGUGAUUUCGAAAGGUUUGAGAAAAAGGAGAGAUGCAACAGAGCACUCUCAAAGGGUGGCUCAGCAACAAGGAGAUUCUAUUACAAUUUUGAAUGGAAUUGAUGGAAUUGCCUAUCCAGGAUCGAUAUUGGCUGUGAUGGGCUCGAGUGGAGCUGGAAAAAGUUCUCUUCUAAAUAUUCUAGCUGGCCAAGUAAAGCCAACCAGUGGAAAAGUGAUAAUUAAUGGAUUGAUAGUGAAACAACGAUUAAAAUCUCUCGUUGGUUAUGUCUAUCAAGAGGACAUGUUCAUGGAAAAUUUAACAGUUCGGGAAACGUUGAGAUACGCUGCCUUAUUACGAUUACCAUCUUCGACAAGUUAUGCAGAAAAGAUGGCCAAAGUCGAUCACGUGUUACAAUUAUUAAAAUUGGAUGUUUGUGCAGAUACUUUGAUUGGAGAGCCUGGUCUUACAAAAGGUAUUAGUGGAGGUGAGAGAAAGAGAUUGAGCAUUGCCAUUGCACUUCUUACGAAUCCUCCAAUUUUAAUUUUGGAUGAACCAACGACUUGUCUGGAUGCUAAAACUGCACUUGAUGUGGUGGAUACAAUUUCACAGGUUGCAAAGCGUCACAACAUUACUGUCAUUAUGACCAUUCAUCAACCUCGAUCGGAUAUAUUUGAAAAACUUGAAAAUUUACUUCUCUUAACAAAUGGAAGAGUGGCUUAUUUUGGUUCGACGUCAAAAGUCUGUAAAUAUUUCAAAAAGAUUACAUUUAAAAUGAAUGAAAACUAUAAUCCAGCUGACUUUGUGAUGGACUUGAUCACGGAGGAUACUCAUGCAAUUUUUGCUCAAGAAAAAACACUUCAAAGCGAACAAGAACGAAUCUCAAAAAUUGUCCAAAAUUUUGAAGAAAUGAAAAAUAAGAUUAUUCCUUCAUUGCAUGACACAUUCCAAGAAUACUCCUUACCUAAAGUGGAACGAUCAAGUUGGAUGACUCAAUUUUUCGUCAUGUUUGUUCGUGGAUUUCUCAAUCAGUGGAGAGAUUUCAAAUAUACCAAAAUUAGAAUUGUACAACAAAUCAUUUAUGCAAUUUUGGUUGGAUGUAUUUAUUUUCAGACAAAGAAUGAUCAGAAUUCUGUUCAGAACAAGUUAGGAUUACUCUUCUUUGUGGUCACAAAUCAGUGGUCCAAUUCAUUUGGAACACCCAUUUCAACAUUUCGAGGAGAACGACUUUAUUUUAUGCGAGAACGAGGAGCAAAAUGCUUUUCCAUUAGCAGCUAUUAUUUUGGAAGACUUUUGGCAGACUUGUUAUUAAUUGUUCCUCAUCCCGUUGUCUUUGGAACCAUUAUUUACUUGCUUGCAGGAUUGACUCUCACCGCGGAGAGGUAUCUUGUAUUCAUUUUCAUCGUUUUCAUCUUGUCACAAACAUCCCAUAGUUUUGGAACAAUGCUUGCCAUACUAGUACCACGUUCGGAUAUUGCCACCAUGAUAUUACCUCCCAUUUCAACCACUUUUCACGUCUUUUCAGGAUUUUACAGAAAUAUCGAGCAAAUUCCAGUGUGGUUGUCAUGGUUUACGUACUGUUCUCCUUUCAAUUACGGAUUUAAGGCAUUAAUUAUUAAUGAAUUUCAAGGACGAAGAAUUGAAUGUCCAGAAAACCCAAACGAAAUUUGUCGUUUUCCAACUAUUGAUUUCAUUUUGGACUAUUAUGGCAUGAAUAAUGAUCUAUUGAAUAUGUGGUUCAAUAUUGCCAUUGUAUUUGGUAUCUCGAUAGGAAUGAGAAUUAUUGCCUUCAUUUCCUUAAAGUAUUUUGUCAAAUCCAGAAAAGGAGCUUAA